AUGUUCAUUCAAGAAAACGACGGCAAACGUGAAGACCGCGACAAUUUAACGAAGGGCGAACGCUACUCUAUCAAACAGUUAAAACGCAACAACGAUAUCACAAUAAAACCAGCAGAUAAGGGUGGUUCUAUUACCAUUAUGGACACUAAUGAUUACAUCUCUGAAGCCGAAUCUCAACUAUCUAACGAACAAUUUUAUAAAUCACUACCCAAGGAUUUCACUAAAUCCUUCAAGAGAGAAGUCAAUCAUUUGUUAGCCGGAUUAGGAGACGACAUCAAGAAGGCUACACAAAAUUUAAUCCCGAAUGAACCCAAACCGGGCACUUUUUAUUGUCUACCUAACUUGCACAAACUACCCAAGCUUACCUCUGAGGCUACCAAGACAAACCCUGAGCCGAUAGGAUUAGACACUCUUUCAACCCCGACGAAAAUCUACGACCUUGCUAAAUCACUACAUAUUACUCCACCAGGUAGACCGAUCAUUUCAGGAAGAGGGACACUCACUGAACAUCUAUCAGGUUAUAUCGACUCUAUCUUGAACCCGCUUCUUAUUAACAUUCCGAGCUUCACGCAAGAUUCCACCCAUUUCCUCAGGAAACUCAGUAAUGUACAACAACUCAAUUCUGACGCGCUACUAGUGACUUUGGACGUUACAUCACUAUACUCAAACAUCCCUCAUGAAGAAGGUGUAGCUGCAUGUACGAAGUUCCUUAAUCGGUUUUAUUCUUAUGAGACAACUUCAGAUAUUUGCUCAAUCAUCGAAUUUAUCUUGAAACAUAACAAUUUUAUGUUCAAUGAAAAACAUUUCCUACAAACCAAAGGAACGGCAAUGGGAACAAGAAUGGCGCCAAGCUACGCCAAUAUUUUUAUGGCAGACCUCGAAGAUCGUAUAUUAUCCAACUACCACCUCAAACCGACAUUCUACACCCGAUACAUCGAUGAUAUUUUUCUCAUAUGGGAACAUGGUCUAGAUUCUCUGAAACAGUUUGAAACGUAUAUCAAUAAUAUUCACCCCAGCAUAAAGUUCACACUAGCGAUGUCUCGCACUGAGAUACUAUUUCUCGACAUCACAACGAUGCUCCAUAACGGCGAUCUAUCCACGACUAUCUACUCUAAACCAACGGAUAAUCACAAAUACUUAGACUAUUUCAGUUUUCAUCCUAUGAACUUAAAACGAUCCAUUGUUUACAGUCAAGUUCUCCGUCUCAAAAGAAUUUGCUCAGAGCCCACUGAUUAUGCAAAGCAAAGUAUCGUCUCUCGCAUCACAGUUCAUAAAAUGUAG